UGCGUCGACAGCUUGUCGAAUGAUCUGAUGUGAGUUCAGCCAUAUUCCCAGUGAGCAGCCACACCGGCAGCCUGCCUCGAUCCACCGACCCCCCUCCCCGUUGAUCCGCGGGCCCGAUCCCACACGGUGCCGUCGUUGUUCUACCUUAGUCCGCCCCGGAGCUCCCGGACAUGCUACGGAGCUGAAACACCGACCCGCGGACAUGGAGCGGCCGAGUUGAGGGAGUCGACCGACGGUCCCGACCGACAUCCCGAUUUCUGAGAGGAAAGUCCAGAUUUACCGGGAUUAAAGCCGAUGUGGAUGACGGACACACGACCGAACGGCUCUAAACAACAACUCGUUACCGGCAACCGGCGGCGACUCACCGACACACGGACAGAUAUAAAAUGUCGGGAAUGUUUUCCUGGAGCUAACGAGCUAACCGUAGCUAGCAGGCUGAGCUAACAGGAAGCGGAGGCGGUGACGCGGCGGGCGUUGCUAUCGCUAGUCAGCGGGAGGAGCCGCUCCUAGUCCCGGGUCAGGAUGUCGGCUCAGGCCCGCCUGAAGCGGCUGGAGGAGCUGCUGCUGGGGCAGAAGGCUGCGGGAUGCCUGAGUGUGGAGGCGCUGCUCGACCUGCUGCUCUGCUUCUACGCGGAGGUCUCACACUCUCCGUUGAAGAGGGAGAAGCACGUCACCGACUUCCUGGAGUGGGUGAAGCCCUUUACCACCACAGUGAAGGACAUGCGGCUGCACAGAGACGACUUUGAGAUGCUGAAGGUCAUUGGACGAGGAGCUUUUGGAGAGGUCGCCGUGGUGAAGAUGAAGCACACGGAGAGAGUUUACGCCAUGAAGAUCCUCAAUAAGUGGGAGAUGCUGAAGAGAGCUGAGACGGCGUGUUUCCGGGAGGAGCGUGACGUGCUGGUGAAAGGGGACAGCCAGUGGAUCACUACGCUGCACUACGCCUUCCAGGACGACAACCACCUGUACCUGGUGAUGGAUUACUACGUGGGGGGGGACCUGCUCACUCUGCUCAGUAAAUUUGAGGAUCGUCUUCCAGAGGACAUGUCCAAGUUCUACGUUGCUGAGAUGGUGCUCGCCGUCCACUCCAUCCACCAGCAGCGCUACAUCCACAGAGACAUUAAACCGGACAAUGUCCUGCUGGACGUUAACGGUCACAUUCGCCUCGCUGACUUUGGGUCUUGUCUCCGGAUGAUGGAGGACGGAACGGUGCAGUCCUCCGUGGCCGUGGGGACUCCGGACUACAUCUCCCCAGAGAUCCUGCAGGCGAUGGAGGACGGGAUGGGUCGCUACGGGCCCGAGUGUGACUGGUGGUCUCUGGGGGUCUGCGUGUACGAGAUGCUCUACGGAGAGACGCCCUUCUACGCGGAGUCUCUGGUGGAGACCUACGGCAAGAUCAUGAACCACGAGGAGCGUUUCCAGUUCCCCUCCCAAGGGGCCGACGUGUCCGAGGACGCCAAGGACCUGAUCCAGCGCCUGCUCUGCUCCCGGGAACGCCGCCUCGGCCUCAACGGGAUCUCCGACUUCAAGAGCCACGCCUUCUUCAGCGGCAUCGACUGGGAGAACAUCCGAUCCGCUGAGGCCCCGUACAUCCCCGACGUGUCCUCGCCCACCGACACCUCCAACUUCGACGUGGACGACGACGUCCUCAAGAACCCGGAGAUCAGUCCUCCGAUGUCUCACACCGGGUUCACUGGUCAGCACCUCCCCUUCGUCGGCUUCACUUACACCACCGACAGCUGCUUCGCAGACCGCAGCUCCGUCAGUCAGACCGGCCUCGGCCAGGAGGAGGUGGGGGCGGGGGGAGGAGGAGGAGGAGCAGGAGGAGCAGGAGGAGCAGCAGGAGCAGGGCAGGAGGUGGAGGCCUUCGAGAGGAGGAUUCGCCGACUGGAGCAAGAAAAGCAGGAGCUGAACCGCAAACUCCAGGAGUCAACUCAGGCCCUGCAGGCUCCACCCCGAGGGGGAACCCUUACCCGAGACAAAGAGAUCAAGAAGCUGAACGAGGAGAUUGAACGUCUGAAGAAGAAGCUGGCAGACUCUGAUCGACUGGAGCACCAGCUGGAGGAGGCUGUCACACUCAGGCAGGACUAUGAGGGCACGGCCUCCAAACUGAAGAGCCUGGAGAGGCAGGUGAAGACCCUGAGACAGGAGAAAGAAGAAGUUCACAAGCAGCUGGCGGACUCCCUGGAGCGUCUGAGGAGUCACACCAAGGAGCUGAAAGAGGCUCACUCCCAGAGGAAACUGGCCGUGCAGGAGUUCUCGGACCUGUCGGAGAGGAUGGUCGACCUGCGCUCCUCCAAACAGCGUCUGUCCCGUCAGCUCCGAGACAAAGAGGAGGAGAUGGACACGCUCCUGCAGAAGAUGGACACCGUGAGACAGGAGAUCCGUAAGACUGAGAAGAACCGCAAGGAGCUGGAGGGUCAGCUGGACGAUGCCAAAGCAGAGGCGCAGAAGGAGAAGAAGUUAAGGGAGCACAUUGAGGUUUACUCCAAACAGCUGGAAACGGAGCUGCAGAACCUGAAGUCUCAGCAGGGUCGGGGAGCGGUCGCCGGUGGGACCCAGGUCCAGCAGGAGCUGUCCCGUAUGAAAGCCGAUCUCGAUACAAAGACUCUGUUCUACGAGGAGGAGCUGCUGAGGAGAGACUCCUCCCACUCCUCGGAGAUCAAAAACUUCCGUAAAGAGCUGCAGGAGUCGGAGGGGGCGCUGCUCACUGCGAACAAGGAGCUGCUGCAGAUACGAGAGAAACUGGACAAGGCCAAGAGGGACCGACAAGCGGAGAUGGAUGAAGCUGUUUCUGCUGUAAAAGAGAAAUCUGAACGGGAGAAAAACCUUCUGACCGAAGAAAACCGGAAACUUACGGCUGAAACGGACAAGCUCUGCUCCUUCGUGGAUCAGCUGACUGCUCAGAACCGUCAGCUAGAGGACGACCUGCAGGACCUGUCCUCGAAGAAGGAGAGCGUAGCUCACUGGGAGGCGCAGAUCGCAGAGAUCAUCCAGUGGGUGAGCGAUGAGAAGGACGCUCGAGGAUACCUUCAGGCUUUGGCCACCAAGAUGACAGAAGAGCUGGAAACCCUCCGCAGCUCCAGUCUAGGACCCAGAACUCUGGACCCUCUGUGGAAGGUGCGGCGCAGUCAGAAGUUGGACAUGUCGGCUCGUCUGGAGCUGCAGUCGGCGCUGGAUGCUGAGAUCAGAGCCAAGCAGAUGGUUCAGGAGGAGCUGCGCAAAGUCAAGGCUGCCAACAUUAACAUGGAGAGUAAGCUAAAGGAGUCUGAGGAGAGGAGUCGGGAGAUGGGGGAGCAGGUGGAGAGUCUGAAGAGAGAGAUGGAGGACAGCCGCUCCCGCUCGGACAAAGGUCUCAAGCUUCCAGACUUUCAAGACUCCAUUUUUGAAUAUUUCAACACGUCUCCUCUGGCUCCUGACCUCACCUUCAGAGCGUCAGUUGGCUCCUCCUCCUCGCUGUUUGCUCUCUGGGAAGACACCACAGACAUUGACUCCACCCCCCUGAAAUUGGAAGACACGCCCCCUUCACCCUCCUCCACCUCGGAGCACGAGGGACUAAAAGCGGCGUCAGUCCCAGCGAGCCCCUCCCCCACCUACCAGAGCUCAGCACUGACCACCCCCAAGCCCAAAGCUCACCAGCUGAGCAUCAAGACCUUCUCCAGCCCCACUCAGUGCACCCACUGCACGUCCCUGAUGGUUGGACUCCUCAGACAGGGAUACGCCUGUGAAGUGUGCUCCUUCACCUGUCACGUUUCCUGUAAAGACCACGCCCCCCUGGUCUGUCCAAUCCCAGCCGAGCACACCAAGAGGCCACAGGGCAUCGACGUCCAGAGAGGCAUUGGCACCGCCUACAAGGGCUACGUCAGGAUCCCGAAGCCCAGCGGUGUGAAGAAGGGGUGGCAGCGGGCCUUCGCCUUGGUCUCCGACUGUAAGCUGUUCCUCUACGACGUCCUGGAGGGGAAGUCCACACAGCCCGGGGUCGGGGCUAGUCUGGUUCUGGAUCUCAGAGACGAGGAGUUUUCCGUCAGCUCCGUGUUGGCGUCGGAUGUGAUCCACGCCACCAGGAAGGAUAUCCCCUGCAUCUUUAGGGUGUCGUCGUCACAACUGAUCUCGCAGCUCUCGGCGGUGUCUCUGCUGGUGCUGGCGGAGAGCGAGGCGGAGAAAAGGAAGUGGGUCCGGAUCCUGGAGGGUCUGCAGAGCAUCCUGACCAAGAACCUCCUGAAGAACCAACAGGUCCACAUCCUGCACGAGGCCUACGACGCCUCGCUGCCUCUCAUCAAGACUGUGCUGUCUGCUGCUGUGCUCGACCGGGAGAGGAUCGCUUUGGGAACUGAAGACGGACUGUUUGUGGUGGAGGUCACCAGAGACGUGAUCGUACGGGCAGCGGACAGCAAGAAGAUUCAUCAGAUCGAUUUGAUGCCGAAGGAGAAGAUCGUGGCUCUGCUCUGCGGGCGGAAUCGCCACGUUCACCUCCACCACUGGGGGGCGCUGGAGGGAGCCGAGUCCGCCUUCGACCUCAAGCUGACGGAGACCAAGGGCUGCCAGGCUCUGACAUCGGGGGUGCUGCGACCCGGAGGCCCAUCCUGCCUGCUGGCUGCUGUCAAACGUCAGGUUCUGUGCUACGAGAUCUCCCGGGUGAAGCCCUACCAUAAGAAGCUGUGGGAGGUGCAGGCCCCCGGCGGCGUGCAGUGGUUGGGCAUGGUUAGGGACCGGCUGUGCGUGGGUUACCCUUCGGGCUUCGCUCUGCUGGCCCUGCAGGGGGAGUCGUCCCCCAUCAGCUUGGUGAACCCGGCCGACCCGUCUCUGGCCUUCCUGGCUCAGCAGCCGCUGGACGCCCUCCACGCCCUGGAGGUGGGCUCCACCGAACUGCUGCUCUGCUUCAGCCAGCUGGGAGUCUACGUGGACGGGCAGGGCCGGCGCUCCAGGACCCAGGAGCUGAUGUGGCCCGCCACGCCGCUGGCAUGCAGCUCCAACUCGUCCCACUUGACCGUCUACAGCGAGAACGGACUGGACGUUUUUGACAUUCACACCACUGAGUGGGUCCAGACCAUCUCCCUGCGCAAGAUCAGACCUCUGAAUGUCGAAGGGACUUUGAACCUGCUGAGCUCAGAACCUCCUCGGCUCAUCUACUUCAGCAACACCUCCUCAGAGGGAGACCUCACCAUCCCGGAGACGUCGGAGCAGAGCAGGAAGUUGAUGGUUCGAACGCGCAGCAAGAGGAAGUUCCUGUUUAAGGUUCCCGAGGAGGAGCGGCUCCAGCAGAGGAGGGAGAUGCUGAGGGACCCGGAGCUCAGAUCAAGGAUGAUCUCCAAUCCCACUAACUUUAACCACGUGGCCCACAUGGGACCAGGAGACGGCAUGCAGGUCCUCAUGGACCUCCCUCUGGUCGGUGAUGUCAUCUCCCUCUCCCCCUCUACCUCCCCCUCUCCCUCGUCCUACCGUCACUCCCUCAUCUCUCCCCCCUCCAACUUUGAGCAUGUCUAUCACAUGACGUCGGCGUCGGCCGGCGCCUUCUUGCAGAAAGACGCCUCCUCUUGCUCCUCCUCCCAGCAGAGCCUCCUGCAGCCUUCCUCCUCCUCUUCCUCCUCUCCCUCAACCUCCUCUCUGGGAAUGAGUGUGAUGCCUCCCUCUCAAGAGGACCCGGUUAAAGAUAAGCCCCGCCCACUUUCCAGUAUCUCCCGACAACAGAGGAGUAAGACUCACAUCACACGCACAGCUUCAGAUUUUGGGGGAGGAGCUUCAUCUCGCAGCAUCUCUGAACUGGACCCAGACCUGGACCGAGAGCCCGACUCGGACUCCACCAAACACUCGACACCCUCCAACAGCUCUAAUCCCAGCAGCCCCCCCAGUCCCAACUCCCCCCACCGCAGCCAGCUCACCCUGGAUGGGCUUGAGAUGGAUCAGUGAGGCCCCGCCCACCUCUGUGGGGGAGGAGGGGUUUAUGAACCCAUCUAGCUGCAGACUAGAUUUUACUUGAUGAUUUUAUUGUGGUGGGGUGAGUCUAAGCUUCCAGAUGCUUUUAUUUAGUGGAUUUUACCUGCUGGUAAGCCCCGCCCCCUGGUUUCAACCGUGCUGAUGGCUGCUGUGACCUUUGACCCUUAGUCUGAUUGGCUCUGUGGGACCAAUCACCACCUCUUCUUAAUUAAAUAAGUUUGCUUUAGCAGGAUGUUAGCCGCCGAGCUAACUGUGACUGAGGUCUCACUAUAAAAAAAACACUGUAUGAAUUCAUUUUUAAAGUUAUGUUGAAUUGCACAUCAUCAAUAAUGUUGUCGUAGGAGAAAAAUAAUCUUUGAUUUUGUGUCGGUGAGGAUCUUUCCUGUUGCACCACCCGCCCUCGGGCCCCCAGUCCGGGGGACACUACUGCUUUGUUUCACCAGUCAGAGAAUAUUUGUAAUUAUGGAACUGAAACUCAAUAAAAUAAUUUGAAGAGU